UCUGGCUAAUAUCUGAGGCACUAAACUAUAUACUGAUAUUGUGUCAUCUGCUCGUAAUUACAUAGCGCAUAAGGUGAUGUACGCUAGUGAACUUAAGUAAAAGAAGAAACAUUUUCAUUGACAUGUUAUCUGGGAACAGUAAAACAUUUUCAGAACUGUGAGAAAUCGAAUAUAGUGUUUUACUGUGUUAAUUACAGUGACAACUUUAGAAGAUGUCUUCAGCUCUAAAAUAAAGGAGUAUGAAUAGUUUCACUUUGGUAUAAUUUGAGUAAGCAACUAAGCAAACAUACGAAUACCAACCUUACCAUGUAAUAACUUACAGAACAAUACAUUCUGAAAAGAAAUCACUAGUAUCUGCCACAAAUUAAUGAUAACUUUUAUAAAAUUGGAAAAAAAAAAUCCCAGAUCGUCCCCCAAACUCCCCCAAAGCCCACUGAAGUGGUAGUAAUAGUGACAAAAACAGGCGUGAGUGGUAGCAUUGAAUUCAAAACAAUUCAAGAUGGCCAGAGUUUGUUCCGGGUGUGAAUGUAACUAUUUCGAGUUCAUUCAGAAAUUCUACAAAAACAACGAAGCCGCCAUAGCGUAUUUACGAGAUCAUGGAGCGUUGCCUUUGGAGGUCAUCUGCCCUAACUGCAAGAACAUUUGUCGUUACCGAGCAGAGACUCACAGUUGGUACUGCGGUGCCACUAGGAAGAUUCACCACAGGAAGAAGCGGUGUCACUAUAAAGUGAGUGACUAUAAAGGGUCUCUCCUCUCUGGUGUCAAAAUGGAGCCGUACAAGGUCAUUUGUUUCGCUAACCACUGGCUGAGCAAGCAAUGGGAUUAUGAGACCUUGAAGCAGUGCCUUGGCUUGUCGGAGGCCACGGGGUCGGUAUGGCAGAGGUAUUUCGCUGAGGUGACUGAGCACUGGGUGGAUAAUCAGGAGCCGAUUGGUGGGCCAGGCGUUGUGGUGGACAUAGACGAGACCUUGUUUGGGAAGAUGAAGCACGAGGAGGGCAAGUCGCAGAGCCAGAUUUGGGUGUUUGGUGGCAUUGAGCGCGAUAGCAAGAACUACUUCAUUGCCCCUCUUGAAGAACCAUUAACUGAGAAUCUGAUGUCAUUGAUCUUGAAAUAUAUUCUCCCAGGAACUGUCAUUGUAAGUAACAGGUGGAAUGCGUACAGUCCCAUUAGUGACCAUGAUUACGUUCAUCAGGUGAUAAACCACUCAGGGGACGUCACGGACAAGGAAAAUGCUAAAGCCCACACUCAGAGUGUUGAACUAUUGUUUCGUGACGUCCAGGAAUGGACCGUGAAACCUGGCAAUCGGCCACAGUUUUACAAACAGUAUUUGGCUCGGCUCCUAUUUCAGCAGCAGCACACCCACAGUAACAUCAACCACUACUUCUUCCGUGAGGUUGCAAGAAUGUACCCUCCAGACUUUGAAACAGAAGAUGCAGAUGUCAAGGAGGAAUCCAAUGAUCAUGAGAACCAGGAAUCUGAAGUGUCAGAUUAAGAUGGAGGAAAUGCAAGGAACACAGACUGAGGAAAAGGCAACUCAGCAAGACUGUCGAGCAGACUUACGAGAGAGAUUCCUGUGGGCCAUUACUUCCUUGGUAGGGAAGGAAGCAACUAUCAAUAUGCAUGAAAAGACACGUGCAAGUGGGAUAUUCCGUGGUAUCGAUAAGGACAUUCUGAGUAUGCAGAUUCAGGAUUUGAAAACCCCUUGCAUUGUCUACCCGCGGGCAAUGAUACGUGUACCUGACUGCAUGACAUUGCAUUUCAAGUUAUAGCACUUGUUAUUGGCCCUUUACCUGCUAGUUAGAUAUAUAUAUAUAUAUGUAUUUGUUAUAUAUAUUUUUUAUUAAAAGAUGAAGUUUA